AUGUCCUCAUUCCCAUCGAUUCAAUCGUUCUAUAAACGCGAGAUCGUAGGCAAGUCUGGCAUUACUCAACAUAAUGCCUCAAAUACCAAUGAUGGGUUCACCAGCCAAGAAGUAUCAGAUGCUCUCCACCCUCUGUCCCGGCCAUGGAGGCCGAAUGGAGUCUAUCGCAAGUGCCCAAUCGCUUCUAUCGAGGCUGGCCCAUGCAGUUACGAGAUCCUGGGUAGAGUUGUGAAUUUCUCAUCUCCCUCCGCCAGAAAUCAUGCGCAUUCUGCCACUGAGGGCCAAUACCGCAUAGUACUAAGUGAUGAGAACGGAGCGAUCGCUGUUAAACUAUUUUAUACCAAACCUCGCGACUUCACUUUGGUCAUUGGUCAAACAGUCACCAUUUACACAGCAUACAUUGCAAAUUCAACAAAAGCAGAGACCGGUCACAUCCCAUAUGUCCACUACUGCACCAUAAUCCAUCCUAGUCGCAAUAGAACGACACAUAUCAUUUUUCAUCAAGAUUUACCACUGUCUGAUGAGGAUCGCUCCUUCAGGGCUCCCUUAGAACUCAAUACCGAGCAAACUGAUAACCGAUUUGGUCUGAUGAGCUUGAAGACAUUUCUUUCCAGCGGCUUCGAUACGGGUGAAGGCACGAUACUUGUCUGCGUGCGAUCUAUCGGUCCACACAAGUCUGUGAGAUCCAGAAAGCGAGAAGGAACUGUGGAUUUGAUUGAACUGUGGGGCGAUCAUAUCUCCUGUGCAAGAUCACUUGUUCCGAAUCAGAGAAUCCUUUGGAUCUCACAUCCAAAUUACAAGACUUUAUAUGGGCAUCUAGGUAACUCGCCAGUGUCUGCUAAGAUCAGCAUCAGGUACAGCUCUAUGGUAAAUUUCGACCCAGUGUGUGCAGAUGUGGAAUGGCUACGUAAGAAAGCCAAAGAGUUGGCCAAGAAGGAAAGUGUACUAAAUCACUUUCCUGAGGGUAUUUGGGACGUCGAAGCUACUGUCAAUUCAACGGCCAGAGAACUCUUGAAAAUUGCAGAAAUGGACGAGAAUAUCCGUCAAGACCUGGAGAGCAAUACCACAGGCAAGUUGAACGUCAUCAUAUCCGAAGUAAACCUCAUGGCAAAUUGUGGCUUGCAAAUGGAACUGUCUCUCAAUUCACGAGUGCUUGGCACGAUGGUAGACGAAAGCGGUACAAUUUUGGCAGGGAAACUUGCUUGGAAAGAGACUGCUUGGACACAACUAUUCUUUACAGACUUUCAAGACAACCAGGAUGUAGAUGGUGAUGACAUGUCUGAUCUGACUAAACAAACCUGGGAAGACCAAACAGCUCUUGAUAGCGUGACACUCAAAGAUAUCGAAGAGCAACUGCUAUACUCGCGAAUUACGAUAAUAUUUGGUUGGUGCUCAAAGUUAGAGAGACUCUGUGUAUUGAGAGUCGAGUGGUGA